AAAAGAGAGGACAUGGAUGGAACCAGAGAGGAGAGGUCAUGAGUGAUAAUGACCGAUGCUCUUUCUGCUUUUAGGCUGGAAAUGCGAGACCACACCCACCAAUCACAACUUUCAACUUUCAACAUUCAUCCAUCCCCUGUUUUUUGUUCUUUAAGAUUUUUCGAGUGGUGCUUUAAUUCCAUACCGCUAAACUCAGUGGUUUCAAUAAAUACGAAACAGAAAAAAAGAAAAUUAAGAAACUUGAGAGAGUCCAAGGCAUGGCAUUGCGGCUGCUCCUCUGAACUGGUCUCCGAACAACACGUUCAGAUGUUCUAGGACAACGGGUCUCCAAGGAUUCCGAUCUUUUCUUCGGAAAUGGGUCCGUCCGACCGAUUGUUCAACCGGCAGAGAACUGUCCAUGAAGUGCUUGGCGGAGGUCUUGUUGCAGAUGUUAUAUUAUGGAGGAGGAAAAAAUUGACAUGGGGGACGCUGGUAGUGACUCUAGCCGCUUGGGUUGUGUUUGAAAUAUCUGGAUAUACUCUAGUAUCACUAUCCUCCAGUGUUCUGCUCCUCCUCACCACAAUUCUCUUUCUUUGGGCCAAAUCUGCGGCUGUACUUAAUAGACCACCUCCACCACUACCAGAGAUGCACAUAUCAGAAGAUAUGAUGAACAAUCUGGUAGCUGUAGCUCGAACUCAUAUAAAUGCUCUGCUCUUGGUUUUCCAAGAUGUUGCCUUGGGUAAAGAUACAUGGAUGUUCUUUAAAUUUGCUGUAUCCCUGUUGCUGAUUUUCGUAGUUGGCAGCUUGACUGAUUUCCUCACAUUGGGAUACACAAGCCUUGUCAUCAUCCUCACAGUUCCAGCUCUCUAUGAGAAGCAUGAAGGACAUUUUGAUAAGUACGUCAUGGCAGGUUAUGGCAGUGCCGUGCAGUUUUACUCGAAAUUAUCUGAGGGUUGUAUCAGCAAAGUUCAGCAAUGGAUUGCAGAGCAGAAAAAGCUGAGUUGAUGUCCUACAUCUCUCACCCUUCUCUGUAGCCACUGUAUCUUCCUUUUCUGUCUCUGUCUCCCAUUCCAUUCCAUUUUUCCAAGAUGCUGGAGUGGACAAGAUUAUUAGUGAGCUCUGAGUGCUUUUUUUUUUCCUUUCCCUAUAUGCCAUUUUUUUUUGGGGGGGUCAAUAUAGUGUUUUGCUUAUCAAGUUGGAGCCUGAAUCUGGAGCUUCUAUGAGGAGUCUGUCCAACGGUACCUUUCAACUGGGGCAAAAAUGUUGUGUUGAGUAUCUGGAGAGCAUCCUUCUUGUUCGUUGAACGCAUGAAAAAGUAAACUUGUAUGUACUUGCGAUUCAUACAAAUUUUAAUUUCUUUUGGGGCUA